UGAUUAACAGUGCAUUUGAAAUUAAUUGCGUUUGAUUCCGGGUAUGUAACAUCUACCAAAGGAAAUAAAACUAGUUUUUUUGUUCAUUGUUUCUCAAAAAAGUGAACGAACUUUUAUUUCGAACGUGUCGGUGAAUACAAAGAAACCGGAAAUUGGAAUUGCAGUGGUUUUUAUUUUCGGGAUUUCCAAUUGUGCGAUAAUUAGUUUCAGUGCAGUAUAUAUAAUGGGCCCUCAAUGAAAUCGAAUUAAUUGUGCAUUCAACGGCUAAGUAAAUUAGAUCGUCAGAAUAUUCAAAAUGAAAUCCUUCGUUGCUCUGGGUUUGCUUUGUAUUGCCGUUGUGCAUGCAGCUGUACCAUCACGUGUUGCCCGACAUGCAUUCGCACCAAUCGGCAGUAUUACCGGUAUUGGCGCCGGACUCAGCUCUUCAGGCAGUCAAUCUACUUCGACUUCAUAUUCGCAAAAUUACAACCAAGGAGUCAACGGUGGUAUAGGUGGUAUUGGUCUUGGCGGUCUUGGUGGUCUUGGUGGUCUUGGCGGCGGCUUCAAUUCGGGAGGCAGUGUGUCAUCCGCAAACAGCCAAAGUUCAUCAUACAAUCAAGGAAUUAGCGGUGGCGUUGGCUUGGGGGGUGGCCUGGGAGGUGGCCUGGGAGGUGGCCUUGGCGGAUUUGGAUAUCCUGGUAUCGGUUUAGGUCGAUAGAAAACAUAUACGCAAUCGCAUGUCAUUCAUUGUGUACUGUAUUUAAAGAUUUGCACAUGUCUUCAUCAACUUGUAUAACUUGAUCGUGUUCAACAGAAAUGUGUGUUUGGAUUUUCGCAACAAAUAAAAUGAUUGAAUAAAUAAAUGUAAAGAGAGAUUCUAAGUCAUUGAUUCCAAAUUUCUCACGAAAUGUUUACGGAAAUUUUUUUUUAGCUAUUGAUCUGGAAUUCGUUUGUCAUUUUCAUUAUUUUAUCGGUGACGGUGA